UCUUUUUUUCUGUUGAAUCUACCCAUUCACUAAACAACACAAUUGUCAGAUGGAGCAGUGAAGACAAAAUGAGGUCAGAUCAAUGACGUCCACAGGGGCCGUCGUGAGUGAGCAAUGAUGCUUCGACGACACUCGACAAGGCGUCGUGGCACAUAAAACAUCGCGGCUUCGCUUGACAGCCGCGUCUUAUUAGCGAGGAAGAGCAAACAUUUGUUAGGCCUCUCUGUACAAGCACAGAUAGGCGCAGCUGACUUGACAGGCUUCCCCUAAAUGGUGUCUAUGACGCCCGAUCCAUUAAGGAGCCACGCUGGCUGUGAUGAUAAUGUAUUGAUCACUUGUGAUGGAUAGAGGGCGUGCGGGUAUAUAGGUGAAGUUCUUUGCCAAGCUGGUAGCGACUAAGGGUCCACUGCAGAGAAACUCACCAUGUUGUCUCUGGCUGUGCUUUACCUCCUUGCUGCAAGAUGGACGCAUUCGCUACCUCUCUAUCCUGACUCCAACCUAGAGAUACAGCCAGAUUACCUCCAGAAGUUAGUGUCAGAAGAUGCCUCUUACAAUACAGAAGGGGAACAGAGCGAGGUGAAUCAUCUGUAUCCUCUACUGCCACAGCACAACGAGCAAAGAGAAAUCUUGACUAAAGCGCAACAGGAUAACUAUGCAAACAUGAUGGACGAUCUUAAGGCAGUGGUUCUGAAGAUGGCCGCUGCCGACAGGCUUCGCACUCUAACUUCCGUCAGGUCACAGCAGGGCUUGCCCAAAAGCAACAAAAGAGCAUGCUUCUGGAAAUACUGCGUGACCAAUUAGACAUCAGGGAAGACAAGACUCCAUUCACCACCGGACAAAGAUGAAACGAAAAUCUAUUUUUUAAAGUUGUAAUUGUCCAUUUUUGUGACUCAAUAAAC